CUCUCUUUGAAACCACUAGUAGGAAAUUGUUGCGCGUAAGCCAUGCACCCAAUUACCCCUCCACACUCUUUUCCUUUCGUGUCCUCCUCUCCUCUCUCCAUCUGGUCACCUCACCCCACCUUCUCCUCUUUAUAAACACCCCUUCUCCCUUACUUACAUACACACACUUCAUCGCUAUUCACCUCUUCACUCACUCACUUUUCUUCACUGCUUCUAAUGGCCAACCCUGCGGUGCAAAGAUUCUCUGAGUUCCACGAGAAGUGGAACGAGAAGCUUGAGGAUAUUCUCCAACAGCUUACCCAGGUGUCCGACCAGAGAACCGAGGUGGUCAAGACUGAGGAAGAGCUGCUAGCUUUGGUGUCGACGGUGACGACCCAUUUGAAGGAAUACUACAACACCAAAUGGGCUGCUGCUGGAACGGAGAACGUUCUGAUUUUCUUUUCUCCGCCCUGGAUGAACCCUUUGGAGCAUGCUCAGCUUUGGAUGACGGGGUGGAAGCCGUCCACCGUGUUCAGGCAGCUGGAGAAUCUGAAGAAAAAGGGGAACGUUUUCGUGAUGACUGAGGAGCAGGAGAAGAGGAUGGAGGACCUGAAGGUGCGGGUAAGGAUGGAGGAGGACAAGGUGGAGAGGGAGAUGGAGAGACAGCAUGUGGCCAUGGCGGACCGCAAGAUGGUGCAGCUGUCCAAGAUCUCGACGAGCCGCCCAAGUCGCGGUGGGCCGAAUUCUGUUACCGAGGUGGCAGUGAAGGAGGUUGUUGUAGGGUUGGAGAGGGUGAUGAAGGCUUCCGAUUGCGUGAGGCUCAAGACACUCAAAGGGGUGCUGGAUUUGCUUAGUCCAAUGCAGGGUGUGGACUUCUUGGCAAUGAAUAUAACUACGCAGCUGCGAUUCAGACAAUGGGGGACGAAGAAGAAGGACACGGCUGGGACCGCGCUCAAUGGGAAUCAAGACAAGUGAAGUGG